GUUUACUACAUGCUGAUGGAGAUGAGCUGCAAAUACUUCAAGGUAGGAAGGUGCGAAGGGCAGAAGGUGGUGGACGGCGAAGCUGUGCCGCUAGUCCUGCAGCCCCCGGAGGGCGGCGGAGGCGAGGUGGAGGGGCUGCUGUGGGCUAUAAGGGAGAACAAGGAGUGGUUCGAGAAGACGAUAGUGAAAAACAGUGCUGUCCUCCUCAGAGGCUUCCACGUCAAGAAUGCCCACGAGUUCAACGACAUAGUCGAGGCCUUCGGGUGGGAGGACAUACGGUACGUGGGGCCCGCCCCGCGCACGCAUGUCUACAAGAGGGUCUGGACGGCCAACGAAGGCCCCCUGUCGGAGUUCAUAUACUACCACCAUGAGAUGGUCUUGAUAAAAGAAUUCCCGGAGAAGGUAAUUCUCUUCUGUGAAGUACCUCCACCGGAAGGAGGAGAAACUCCGAUCGUGCCUAGCUUCCGUGUAACGGAGAGGAUGUCGGAAGAGUACCCGGAGAUGGUGGAGGAGAUGGAGAGGAAAGGACUGCGAUACACCUUCACGGCCCUAAGCAAAAACGAUACAUCUUCCAUGAGAGGUCGAGGUUGGGAAGAUGCAUUCGGGACUUCAGAUCGCGUAGAAGCAGAGAAGAGGGGCAAGGCAUUAGGAAUGGAGAUGGAAUGGCUGGCAGAGGGUGGGGUGAAGACGAUACUAGGUCCCAGACCAUUGACAAGGGUGUUCGAGGGAAGAAAAGGAAGGAGGAUGUGGUUCAACACCGUCGUUGGAAUGCACGGUAACGAGCUCAGCUCCGCCACCAUGGCCGAUGCAAGUGAAAUACCGGACGAGGCGGUGAAACGAUGCCAAGAGAUCAUCGAAGAAGAGAGCAUCCAAUUCAAGUGGCAAAAGGGCGACGUUCCGUUCCUCGAUAACUUAGCUUUACUUCAUGGUAGAAGGCCUUCCCUCCCACCAAGAAAAGUGUUGGUUGCUACAUGCAAAUAAACCAUCACUAUCAACACUGAUUUCACAAAAAUGAUCACUUACUUAUGAUUACACAAAAUAGUGAAUUAUGACCAUUUUAUCACAA